AUGGAAUAAAUUCCUCAAGUGAAUAUCAAAUCAAGAGUUAAAAAAUACUUAGCAAUAGCAGUCAUAUACACAACUGUAGCAGUUUUAGCUUCAGAGACUAAGGAUAAAGACAAAGACAAGCCAGAUCCAGCUUUGAAAUGUGCUGGAGGGUAUGGGAAUGAAUAUUAGCUGAAUAUGCUGAAUGAGAAUUUGUUUUGCACAGAGCAUGCAGGGAGAACGUGUUGCAAUCUAAAUGACACGCUUAAAAUCAAAGCCAAGGUUGGAUUUGCAAAGGUCAAGUCUGAUGUCUCAGAUCAGUGCAUGGCUUUUACUGCAAAGGCACUUUGUUCUCAUUGCGAUGGAGAUAUGGGAUUAGGGAAGUUGAAUGGCGUGUGCUAAUCUUAUUGCGAGCAAUGGUAUAAUGUCUGCUAGAAUGAAUACUUUGACCCAUAUGUAAACUAAAAUGAGAAUCUGCCCUUUUGCAAGAAGGACUCACUUAUAUGCUCUGCUGUGAAUGAUGUAGUAGAUGCAGACCCUAUCAAGUUUUGUAAAAUGAUGGGAGUGAAGGUUUAAGAUGAGCUUAGCGAGUCUUGUUUCAAUGGAGUUUCUAGCAGUUCUAGACUGGGCAAUCUAAAGAGAAAAAUAGAACCAUCACAGUCUUCAUCAACUAUAGAAACAAUUGGGAAAAAUACUCUUGACUUAAUCAAGAAAUAUCUUCUGAGAGCUGCUAGACUAAUUGUUACUAACUCUUAUUUUGAGAGGUUUGUGGAAUUUAUGUGCUUAGUUAUUUUGCUAGCAUUGGUAUGGUUUGGGUAUAAAUGGUUCUGCAGUAAAAAGAGUCGCAAGCAACCUUAGAGACUGAAUAAAGCCCUCUAUGAAGAAAUUCAAAGGAAGAGAAUCAGCAAGCUGGACAGAAAUAAAUGA